AUGAGUGGUCUUCCAGCCGGCGCCCUCAAACUCGCUCCCGGCCAUCCGCCGAAACCACCCCAAGGCGCGACAGUCCCACGUGGACCACACCCGCCGCCUCCUCCCCCGGUGCCCAGGGCUCCUCUCCCGGUACCGCCAGCUCAACAUGUCAUGCAGCGACCAGUGGCCCCGAUGGUGGCUCCGAUGAUGAUGCCUCGACCCAUGCCGGUUCAGCCCCCAAACAAUGUGAUCCCGCCAGAGCUGCGGCGCAAGCGUCUCGUUGAGCGUUCGGAUCUUCGCAACGAGCGCAUGACCGAGGCCGAUGCACGCGAAGCCUUGUCCGAAUAUGUCGUAUACCGAUUCGAAAAGGUCAAUGACCCAAACGAGAUUGACGACGAAGGUAACCCCGUCAAAUCGACCUGGGAGAAUGUCAUCCGCACAGAGGUCCAAGACCUCUCCAAGCCGGCCAUAACCCGAACUAUUCGCCAACUCGACAUGGAGGGCAAGACGGCAGUGCAAAAGAAGAUGGACCUCACAGGGACGCAGCAGCGUCAGAUUGAAAAGGCUCAAAGCAAUCUCGAUGCACACAACCUUGACAGGCGGUUCUGUUACACCAUGCAGCAGAUCAGCACCAAGAUCAGGAAGCUCAGCAGGGACUCCAUCGAGUACCGCCAGUACAUGGCCGGGAAAGAGGCAAAAAAGGUCGUGGUAACCAAGGUGAAAGAACGAAAAUCAAAGAAGAACCUCUUGGAGACCAUCGCAAUGACAGUAUAUUUCAAGCGAGAGCCGCGCUCCGGUGAGGAUGCAAUGGCCAUCCUCAAGGAGAGAGAAAGGGAACUCGAACAGCAACGGCGCUUGCAUGAACAACAGCGACAGCACCGUCAUGAUCAGGAAUUUUUGGCAAAAGAGCAUCGUAAUGCGUUGGCGUUGCGACAACAACAAGAGGAUUUCCAGCGACAGUUUCCGAUGCCACUGCCGGCUCCGCAGCCUCACCCUCCACCACAGUUUCUGCAAGGUGGCAAACAGAAAGCCGAUGUCAAGGUCGUCGAGAUGGACCAUAAGAAGGGUAAAGCCAAGAUUUAUAACCUCGCUUCCAAAAGUUCGCGAAGCUCAGGAAGCUCGUACUCGGACGAGAGUUGGAGCGAUACGGAAUUGACGCCAGGGUCGUCCGCCACUGAUUCCUCCGAAUCCAGCAGACACGGCCGCCGCCCGCCUCGCAGUCGAAGCCGCGGUCGUAGUCGAAGUCGUAGCCGCAGCCGGAGGCGCCGUCGAUACCACGACCGUCCUGAGCAUUACGGCAUCAAAGUGACACGCCAUCACACGAAACAUGACCAUCGCCUCCUUGAUGACGACGUGCCUCGAGGUCGUAUGCCUACUUCACUUCCGCCCGCACCCUUGAUAACGCCUGGCAGAGCCGACCACUUUGAAGAUGAGAUAUUCCGGCCGCAAAGGAUGACAGACAGGGCUCAUGACAACGUGCUGCAAGAUAUCGAGCUACUCACUGGUGUCGGCCGCCGUCGUCAAGUUGCGCCGCCACCCCGUGUCAUCCACAGGCAGCCUAGCUUCCGCAUUGUUGAUCCGGAAGAGGUUGUGCGUGCAAGACAUGAAGACGACUUGGACAAUGUGAGAAGACUGACGAUCCGCAACGAAGUGAGAUUCGAAGAUCGCCAGGGGAGCGAGGAGGACCUGGCUGCCGAUAUCCGAAAGGCCGAUGCGCGGAGGCGACACCUGGAAACACGUUUCCGUCGGCCUUCUCUAGAAAGAGGCGCUUUUUUUCCAGACAAGGAAACGUACGAAGAGAGAGCACGACAAGCAAAACAGUACAUGAACCGGUACCUUGAUAAUCCGUUUGAGCCGCUGGGGCGGUCAGGCGGGAGGUACCACGACUAA